CACCGGAUGUGUCUUGUCCGCCGAUGUUUAUUACAAAUUGCGCUAAGCCGAAGCGGCCAGUCUGGAAGCUUUGUCCCAGUUUUCGCGAGAGCCUUCGACUAAAAAGCGUUUAUGGGUGCGGGGUUUUCCUAAUUAUCCCCGGGCCUCGCGUCUGCAACCGAGAACCUCCGUGUUUCUUUCCCCGGCUAAAGCCGCCUCGAAUCGGGCGGCGGAUGAGCUGAGCGGCGAUGGCAGCGGUUGAGCCGGCUGGUCCGAGUUCCGUUCGCCCAGAAAGAUGCUUCUCAGCUGGAUAGAAGAGCCGGGCUUUGCCGUGUGAAUCCCUCCUCCGCAGUGCCGAGAAAAACACCGGGCCAGCGCAUUAGGAUUUAGGAAGCCUGUUUGCAUCGCCAGUCCCGGCGUGUGCCUGUUUCCACCAUGGAGACCACCCAGGUGACCUUGUCCAUCAGGGGGGAGACCUCUCCAGGUGAGGUGAUGGCUGUCGUCGGCAGCUGCGAGGCUCUGGGAAGCUGGAGCUAUCAGAAAGCUGUGACUCUGCAUCCUCUCGGCGACGUGGGGCACACAUGGACCGUGACGAUCUCGGUCCCCCGAGGGGUGGUUUCCACGUAUCGCUAUUUUAAGGGCCUCUUCCUGCAAUCCAAGAGUGCAGGUGGCCCAAGUCAAGUGGUAGUCAAUUUGUGGGAGACCCAUCAUCAGCCCCGCACGAUGAGCCCCACAGAUGCACAGCAGAAUAUUGAUGACGGGGAAUUUGGAUUUCACAAUGGGGUGAAAUGUGUUGACUCGGGGUGGCUGACCUGCCAGACAGACAUUCGCCUGCGCUUGCACUAUUCCAAGAGGCCCCCGGUGUCCAUCACCAAGAAGAAAUUCAAGAAGUCGCGCUUCAGGAUUAAACUUACACUAGAGGGCAUUGAAGAAGAGGAGGAGGAUGAAGAAGAGGACCUCAGUCCUUCCUCUUGGCACAAGAUGACCCCCACCCUGGAGAUCAGUUUGAUCACUGCCAACGGCUACAAGUCGCGACACUCGCAGCCCGAGUGCGGCUACGCCCUGGAUCCCUCUCAGUGGACCGAGUACAGCAUCCACACCAUGGACCCUGACAACCUGGAGCUCACCUUCGAGUUUUUUGAGGAGGACCUGAGCGAGCAUUUAGUCCAGGGAGACGUCCAUCCCGGACAGGUGGGCACCGCCUGCCUCCUCUCUUCCUCGUUCUUGGAGAACGGCAAAGACACCGGCGUGCUUAUGCUGCCCAUAAUGGGACGGAACUCCAGGCAGACGAUUGGGAAAGUCAGAGUGGAUUACCUGGUGAUCCGGCCCAUCCAGGGGCUGCAGUGGGACAUGAGCUCGUCGUACACGAAGCACUGGAAAAAAACAAGUACCGUGGAUGUGGGUCACAGAGGAGCCGGAAGCACACACGCUGCCAAACAUCACAAAGUCAGAGAAAACACGAUCGCUUCCUUCACAAGUGCUGCUAAGCACGGAGCAGCCUUUGUGGAGUUUGAUGUUCACCUCUCCAAGGAUGCCGUGCCCAUCGUCUACCACGACCUGACCUGCUGCAUCGCCACCAAGAAGAAAAACGCCCAGACCCUGGAGCUCAUCGAGGUCCCUGUCAAAGACCUGACUUUUGAUCAGCUGCAGCUCUUGAAGCUGGCCCAUGUCGCUGCCUUGAAAGGAAGCGAUGACAAAGACCUGCUGGACGACGAGGAGGAAAUCGAUGAACAUCAGCCGUUCCCCUCAUUAUCACAGAUCUUCCACGCCGUUCCGGAAAAUGUUGGUUUUAACAUCGAACUGAAAUGGAUCAGCCAAAUGAAAGACGGAACAUGGGACGGCAACCUGUCCUCGUAUUUCAACAUGAACACCUUCCUGGACAUUAUUCUGAACUGCGUUCUGGAGAACGCGGGGAAAAGGCGCAUCAUCUUCUCCUGUUUCGACCCAGAUAUCUGCACGAUGGUGCGACUCAAGCAGAACAAGUACCCCAUCCUUUUCCUGACUCAGGGGAUUUCAAAGAAGUAUCCUGAGCUGAUGGACAUUCGCUGUCAAACUACGCAAAUCGCUGUCAGCUUCGCUCAAAGCGAGAACAUUCUGGGAAUCAGCGCCCACACCGAGGAGCUGCUGAAGCACCUGAACUACAUCGAGGAGGCCAAGUCUAAAGGCCUGGUGGUGUUCAGCUGGGGAGACGACAACAACGAGCACGAAACCAGGAAGAAGCUGAGAGCGCAGGGGAUCGAUGGGCUCAUUUAUGACAGUAUCUGUGAUGUUCAAGGAGAGCAGCCAAACUUCUUCCAGGUAGAAGAGCAACACUCCCUGCAAGAGGUCAUCACAGAGGAGACCAUGAAGAGCUCCGCCUGCUCCUGCUACUCCAUUCCCUGCUCCGCAGUAACGUGCGUCGCCUCCAAGGUCCCUUGCGGAAGUGUGGAGUCCGAUUCUGGGCUCAGCUCUUCAUAGCAACCAACUACAUUUAGAUUUCAUUAGAUUGUUUGCACGUUGACACAGAAAAUGACCAAAAUAAGGUUAAUAAAAUUGACCCUCGUGUUUGCAGGAAAAAAAAAGGUAUUGGCCAGAUUUACAACUCGCUUCUCUGUGUGGGUUAAGUUUCCUUCUGUCCUCAGAUGUUCUGCCGCCAAUGAAUAAGUUGGAAAUUUAGCCAAAAACAUCAACAGACCAUGUAGGUGUACAGGUUUAGUCUCUCACUUCUGAACAGACCAGGUAAAACGUGACGUCACACAUACCGGUGCUCAGUUUUCAAGCCAGUGUGCUGGAUAAAGCUAAACAUGAUGCAGAUGUGACUUUACAAGUGUGACAGUCCAACAACUGGGGAAACAGUCAUCGUCUAUCAUGCUGAAAGUUGCUUUGUUUGCGUUUAUUUCCAUGCAUGUAGCCAUUACCUUAUGUUGCUCGUUGUCAUCUCAGACAGUAGAGCAACAGCGUGCCAUGAGUUUUUCUAAGUGGUGGAGUGAUGGGUCAAAUGUGGAUUCUGCAAAUUGCACAAAGUGAUGUUUAAUAAGAUGACGGUGCUGGUUUCCAUUAGUAUAUUUUAUUAUUUAUCUUUUUUCUAGUGGAGCGACUUGAUGCACUUUUAAAACCACCUUGGGAAGGAUUAACUUCCUCUUCAUGAAGUGUAGUUGAAAGCACUUGUUCCACAUUUUGAAAUCCUCAAACUUAACUUUGACUUUAGUUCAUGCUGGCUGUCUUAUUGUAUGUACUGUAUAAACCAGCUUCCCAUAUCCUUGACUUGAGAAAAAGCAGAAGAAUGUUUUGCAACAGUGCACAUGUAAACCACUGCCUUGGGGAUUUUCUUUUGUUUGGUUUAUAGUUUCAAGUCGGUCUUAAUAGCCUUGUGUAGAAAUAUUGGGAGUGUCUUUUCCCACCUCCUGGUGAAUCGAUGUCCCCUGAGCACCAAUUCUCUUUGCUCCAGAUUACACCUUCAUUUGUAAUGUGUUUGUACAGCAUCUAUCUCAUCUGCCCAUCUCUGAUCAACAGUGUAAAAGUUACCGCAUGCUUGCCUUGUAUGUGUAUGUAUAUGGAUGACUAACUGCACCAUUUGUAUAAUAUUAACUCAUGGAAUGUAAAUAAACUCAGACAUUUGCUA